AUGGCCCCUACAAAGUACAGCAAUCCCCCGCAGAAGGCACCUGUUUUCUACGCUAAAGACCAGGAUGCCUCGAGAAUCAUUGAGAGAACUAAAGAGCUGUUGGCCAGAAGUAAGGCCGUCACAGAUGCCGUGGUGAAGGACAUCAAGGCUUCCGAUGCACGAUUCGAUAACGUACUCCUACCGAUGGCUCUCGAUGACAACGAACUAGCAACUGAAGCACACAUCAUCGGGUUCUAUUCCGCGAUAUCCACGAGCCAGGCAUUGAGGGAUGCUUCUACCGAAGCGGAGCAGCUCAUGGAUGACUUCGGAAUUGAAGCUAGCAUGCGCGAGGAUGUAUUUGCUCUAGUUGGUGCUGUCGCACAAAGAACAGAGAAGCUAGACCCGGAGUCCGCACGUUACCUGGAGAAGGAACACAAGGGCUACCUGCGCAACGGUCUAGGAAUACCGGAGGGUCCUCAGAGAGACCGUUUUAAAGACAUCAAGAAGAAGCUUAGUGAGAUCGGAAUUGCGUUCCAGAAGAAUCUGAACGAAGAGAAAGGCGGUUUAUGGUUCACACUGGAAGAGCUCGAGGGCGUUCCACGGGAUGUUGUAGAUGAUCUUAAGAAGGGAGAAGGCGAGAACGAGGGCAAGGUCUUCCUCGAUUUCAAGUACCCCAGCUUGUUCCCAACUCAGAAGUAUGCUUUGAGUCCCGAGGUCCGCCGGAAAGUGUUCGUCAGCAACGAGAAUAAGGUCAACCAAAACGUUCCUCUAUUCCGCGACGCUGUCCUCCUUCGUGACGAAGCAGCGCGCCUCCUUGGCUACAAAAACCAUGCGGAGUUUAGGAUCGAAGAUAAAAUGGCUAAGACCCCGAAGACUGUCAACGACUUUCUUGGCGACCUACGGGAACGUCUAGCACCUGGUGGGCUCAAGGAAAUUGAAAAGCUCCUCGAAUUCAAGAAAAAUGACUACAAGUCUCGUGGUCUCGAAGAUUCGUAUGAUGGGAAGUACUACCUCUGGGACCACCGCUUCUAUGAUCGUCUGAUGCUAGAAAAGGAGUUCCAACUUGACCAAGAGAAAAUCGCGGAAUACUUCCCACUCCAGACGACCAUCGAAGGGAUGCUCAAGAUCUUCCAGGAACUCUUUGGUCUCGUAUUUAUCGAGAUCGUGGGCGAAGACCGCGCCGCUGUCGCCGAGGGAGGUGAUGGUGAUCAUGUAUGUUGGCACAAAGAUGUCCAACUGUUUAGCGUCUGGGACGAUGAGAGUGAAGGCAAUGGCUUUGUUGGCUAUCUUUACCUCGAUCUGUUUCCGCGUGAUGGUAAAUACGGCCAUGCAGCAAAUUUCAAUCUGCAACCCGGCUUCAUCAACGCUAAAGGUGAACGUCAUUAUCCCGCGACAGCACUUGUAUGCAACUUCUCGAAAUCCUCAGAGAAGAAGCCUAGUCUACUCAAACACGACGAGGUCGUAACACUCUUCCACGAGCUAGGCCACGGCAUUCACGAUCUAGUCUCCAAGACUAAAUACAGCCGUUUCCACGGUACGAGUACUGUGCGUGACUUUGUGGAGGCGCCAUCUCAAAUGCUCGAGAACUGGUGCUGGACACCCUCUCAACUGCGCUCGCUUUCUCGGCAUUACUCCUAUCUCAGUCCCGCGUAUGCUGAAGAAUACGCGUCGUCCAACCAGAACACUAAGCCUGAAGAGCACAUUCCGGAUGCGCUCAUCAAUAGUCUGAUCAACACUAAGCAUGUCAACGACGCCCUAUUCAAUUUGCGCCAGUUGCACUUUGGCAUUUUCGAUAUGACAGUGCACACGCCGGAAAGUCACGAGGCUAUCGAGAAGUUACCGAUACCGGAAACGUACAACAGGCUUCGACAUGAAAUCAGCAAGCUUGAGGGACCAGAGGCGUUUGGCGAGAGCUGGGACUGGGGCAACGGACAGGCCACAUUUGGGCACUUGAUUGGCGGGUAUGAUGCUGGGUACUACGGAUACCUGAGCUCCCAAGUUUACUCUGCAGACAUGUUCUACACUGUCUUCAAAGCGGACCCGAUGAACGGCAAGGAGGGCAGACGGUACAGACACACUGUGCUGGAGCGCGGAGGGAGCCAGGAGGAGAUGCAGACGCUGGAGGACUUCUUGGGUCGCAAGCCGAGCACUGAAGCGUUCUACAAGGAGCUUGGUCUGAGCUAG